AUGAAGACAAAUAUAUAUAUUUAUAUUUUUACUACUAUUUCUUUUACAUUUAUAAUUUGUCUUUGGCUUAUUUACCGAAAUUUAUCUUAUAACAAAAAUAAAAUAAUAGUAAGCAAUGAUAUUAUUUUUGAAGAUAAUCAUAUUGAUUACAAAAGAGAUAUUUUAAAAGACCAAAUUGAUGCAUGGAAAAUUCCAAUUAAGUACUUUGUCGAAUCUCCUGUUUCAACUGAAAAUGUAGAAAAAGCAAUGAAUGAAAUAACAAAAAGUACUUGUAUUAAAUUUGAAAAACAAAACGAAUUUAAUAAUAAUACACAAGGAUUAUAUUUCAAAGAAGCUUCAGAAUGUUCCUCACAUGUUGGACAUGUAUACAACGAAUACUUUCAAGUUAUUAACCUUGCAUCAUCUUGUUACAAUAAUCCAUUUCUUAUUUUACAUGAAAUAGGACAUGCUUUAGGCUUGGUUCAUGAACAUACAAGAAUUGAUAGGGAUAAAUAUGUUACAAUUCAUUAUAAUAAUAUGUAUAAUAGUGAAAAUGUAAAUUUUCAAAUACGUAAUUUUGAGGUUUAUAAAAAUUACUCAACUUCCUACGAUUUUUCCUCAUUAAUGCAUUAUGGGCCAUAUGAUUUUUCUACUGUUUUUAGCUAUAUUUUUGGUUAUAAAACUAUAGAAUCAAAAUUGGAGCGAGAAUAUGAUUGGAUGAUGGGGCAGCGUAAAAAAAUGACUUUUAAUGAUUAUAAACAAAUUAAUUUAUGUUAUUGCAAUUUGUGUAAUUGGGUAAAAAAUGAAACUGGUAAAAGAAUUAAGAAAAAAAACGAUGAAAGUUUAUGUAAAAAUGGUGGUUAUCCAGAUUUUAACAAUUGUAAUAAAUGUAUUUGUCCUACUGGUUAUACAGGAGAUUAUUGUAAAGAUAUAAUUCAAAGUGAUAAAAAUUGUGGUCCAACUUCUUUUAAUGUUAAUGAAACUGGAAUCCCUAUAAUACUACAAGGAGAAAUGAAUUGUUAUGUUUUUUUAAAAGCCGAAAAAGAAAAAAAAAUUAAACUUCAAAUAACUUAUGUUAAUGCGCCAUAUAAUGGAAACAUUUGUACUGAAGACAUUGCUUAUCAAGUUAAAUAUAGAAAAGACAAAGGUGCUACUGGUUUGCUUUUAUGUGGCCAUCAUUCAAGAGUUAUAACACUUACAUCUGAAUCAAAUUCUAUUCUUUUAUUUUACAAAGGAAUUUCUGGACAUAGUUUGAUGACUUUUACUUUUAAACAAGCUGACUAA